UGUCCGCCUCUCUCAAGUCUCACCUCACUCGUUUAUUUCCCGAAAUAAAUUAACGAAGAAAGAAGAUUUCAGACUCUCUUCUUUCUUUCACUCGCUGUUCAUUAUUUACUUUCAGUUUCCAAACAGUGUCGGAGAGUAUUAGCUGACGGUACAAUGGAUUUUGAUGAAUAUGAUUACUUGGAAAAAAUGGUGGAAAAUCCAGAGGCAACAAAUGCAGAGAAAACACCAAAUGGUGGUGAAGUAACUGGUAAAAAUGAAGAUAAAGAACGAAGGCAGAGCUCUAGACAUAGAAGUGAGAAGGACAGUGAUGAUCGUAGGUCAAAACGUGCAAAACCGGGUGAGGAGUUGCGUGACCGUGAGAAAGAAAGGGGCCCAUCGCACCAUCGUUCGUCUCCAAAAGAUGGGGAUAGAAGUGAUAGAGAAAGACAAAGGAGUAGCCGUGAAACCAGAGAGAGGGAAAAGGACAAGGGAAGGGACAGGGAAAAAGACAAGGACAGGGGCAGGGAGGAGAAGAAUGGCAAGGGUAGAGAUAAAGAUAGAGAAAGAGAUAGAGACAAAGAAAGAGACAGAGGCACGGACAGGGAGAGGGAUCGUGUGAGAGGACGGAGGGAACAUGGACGUGAACAUGAGAAAGAGAGGGAGGAUAAAGAACAAGAAAAAGAACCUGAGAGGCCACAUCGUAGUGGUAGCAGGUCAGAAAGGCAUAGAAAUGAACAAGACAGGGAAAAGAGUCGGGAUAGGGAAAAGAGUCGGGAUAGUGAAAAGAGCCGGGACAGAGAAAAGAGUCGGGAAAGGGAGAAGAGUCGUGAUAGGGAGCUUAAAGAUAGAGAAAAAGAAAGGGAAACUAGAGAACCUGAUCGAGAAAGCAGGCGUUAUAAAGACAAAAAGGAAGGAGGGGCAGAACCAGAGGUAGAUCCAGAACGAGAUCAGCGCACUGUCUUUGCAUAUCAGAUAUCUCUGAAGGCUGAUGAAAGAGAUGUUUACGAGUUCUUCUCGAGGGCUGGCAAGGUUCGAGAUGUACGUCUUAUUAUGGAUCGUAACUCGAGACGCUCAAAGGGGGUUGGGUACAUCGAAUUUUAUGAUUCAAUGUCUGUCCCAAUGGCAAUUGCACUGUCCGGUCAGCUUCUCCUUGGUAACCCGGUGAUGGUUAAACCAUCUGAAGCCGAAAAGAAUCUUGUGCAAUCCACUGCAACUGCUGGUGCUGCAGGUGGUACAGGUGCAUAUGCAGGAGGGGCAAGAAAAUUGUAUGUUGGCAAUCUGCAUUACAAUAUGAAGGAGGAUCAGCUUCGUCAGGUUUUCGAAUCAUUUGGUACAGUAGAGCUGGUGCAGUUACCUACUGAUGAGACUGGGAAUUGUAAAGGUUUUGGUUUUAUUCAGUUUGCUCGGCUUGAAGAUGCGAGGGCUGCACAGAGUUUGAAUGGGCAGUUGGAGAUUGCAGGGCGAAUGAUGAAGGUGUCCGCAAUUACUGAUCAAUCUGGAAUGCAAGAAAUGGGUGUUAAUCCUGGUGAUUUUGAUGAUGAUGAUGGGGGUGGCUUGUCUUUGAAUGCACGUUCUCGAGCACUUCUCAUGCAGAAAUUGGACCGAAGUGGAACCACAACAAGUGUUGUUGGAUCUAUGGGCAUGCCAACCACCAAUGGUAUGGGUUUACCACUACCACCGCCACCACCUGGAGCUGUUCUUUUUCCUGGUGCUAAUCUUCCUGUUCCACCUGUUACUGUUCCAUCCAUAGAGAGUAUUGGUGCCCCUAGCGAAUGUUUAUUGUUGAAAAACAUGUUUGAUUCUGAGUUGGAGGAUGAGCCAGAUUUUGAUGUAGAUAUCAAGGAAGAUGUUCAAUCAGAAUGCUCAAACUUUGGAAAGCUAAGGCAUAUUCACGUUGAGAAAAACAGUGCCGGAUUUGUGUAUUUGCGUUUUGAGAACACUCAGUUUGCAGUAGCUGCCCAACGUGCACUUCAUGGGAGAUGGUUUGCUGGAAAGAUGAUCACUGCCACAUUUAUGCUGCCAAAUGAUUACGCAGCCAAAUUUCCAGACAGCUCAUAGAUGGGUGGAUGUUUGUAAGCUUCAGACACAACUGCCUCAAAACGACAAGUCCAUGUGUCCAAACAGCAUGCAAAGAAAAAUGUGGUUGUUGAAUGAAAGUUUUAGCAGAUUUUGGUUGUACUUUCAGAUGACUUUCUGAAGUGUGUAAAAGAACAAAGUUUGAUACUUAUCAACUGCAGGCGUUUGUGUUUGUCAUCAUUUUAAGGAAACCCUUGGAUAUACCAUGACUUUAAUACAUGUAGUAUGAUUUCUUGAUACAGUUCGAAUUGAUUGAGGUUAGAAAUUUAUCAAUACUACAUUAUAAAAGCAUUAUAAAGCAUUUGAUCUAUUAUUCA